AUGGGGGAUUCGGCCUCCGACUCGGGGUCGAGCCGGACCAUUAAGGAAGAAGAUAUCGGAAUCGAUAUCCGCCCCCUCGCUAGCAAGGAUGGGAUUCUCAUUAAAGUCCAGCCUCAACAAGAGCCAAAGACAAGCAACCGCGCCCCGAUCGAUCUCGUACUCGCCGUUAGCGUGUCUAAGAGCAUGCAGACCGAAGCACCGGCUCCGGUAGAUGAGAAACAAGUCGCGGAGCGGUUUGGACUUACGGUGUUGGACCUUGUAAAACACGCCUGCCUGACCAUUCUCAAGACUCUUGAGGAGGGCGACAGGCUCGCCAUUGUGAUUAUUGCAGGGACCGCGCAAGUCUUGCAGCCGCUUACUGCUCAGCACAAACGCGCCAAGGGGCUAAGCGGAAUAUUUCUUGAAGGGUUGCGGCUUCUCGCCAAUAUGUUGGGCCCGACUAAUAUGUGGGAUGGCGUUCAGAAGGGUCUGGAGCUACUCCAAACGGGCCAAGACGAAACCUAUCGUGUUCCCGCGCUGAUGCUGCUGACGGACGGCAUGGACGACUACAUGCCGCAGGAAGGCUGGUUACCGAAGCUCAAGUCCAUGGGUCCUCCGUUGGCGCCAAUCCAUACCUUUGGCUUUGGCUACAACGUCAAAUCUGGUCCGCUCAAGUCCAUUUCAGAGUUUUCGGGUGGACGAUACACCUAUAUCCCAGAUUCUGACAUGAUUGCCACCGUUUUAAUCCAUUCUAUGGCAAACAUCCAAAGCACCACCGCCACCGAGGCUCGCCUCACCAUCAAGGGCAACCACCUCAAGCUGUUGAGCCCCUUUGGCUCCGCCGUUCGUCUGGACCAGACUUCUCAAUCAAGCUCAGAUCCGAAUAAUAGCAGCAUCUACCGCAUCGAUAUCCCCCUAGGCAGCAUCCAGUUCGGCCAGUCUAGAGAUAUAUACCUGGCAUACGAACGCCCCCCACCCGAGGACUGCAUCAUCGAGGCCGAACUCACCUUUCGCAAUCUGUCCGGUAACUAUCGACAGGUCGGCAUCAAACACAGGGCCGUCGACUUUGCCGACCUCUCUCCCGCCGAGGUGGCCUACCACAUAUCCCGCGCCCAGAUAUGCCGGUUCCUCUCGUCGCUGUUUCCGACCCGCGCCUCCACUGGCGAUCUCUUCCACGGGCUCCAUUCAGCCGAGCACACAUUCCCGCUGCUCAAGGCAGACAUUGACGCGCGCCUCUUCCCCGACGACCCCGACUGCGCCUCGCUGAUGGCCGACCUCGAGGGUGCACCGCCGCAUGGACAAAUCUCGCUGGCGCUCCGCCACGAGCACCAGUUCCGCUGGGGAGGGCAUUACCUCCUCAGUCUCCUGGACGCACACGCCAAUCAGGUCUGCAACUCGUACAAGGACGCGGGUCCUCAGCGGUACGGCCGCAACAGCCCGUUCUUCAAGCGCUGCCGCGACGCGCUCGAGGCGGCCUUUGACGACGUCGAGGCGCCGAGGCCGAGCAUCGACGUCCACGAAACCUUCCCGCCCCCGGCUCCCUGGUACGCGCCGGAGCGGGUCUACAAGCCCUCUACGACCACGUUCAUCUCCGUUCCGGACCUUGCCCACCGGAGGAAACAGGGUUAUCACGUCGACUCUUACACGCUCAUCCGCCCCCGCUUCAACCAGAGUUCGAAUCCGUGCUUUGCCGGUACCACCAUGGUCAGGCUGGCCGGCGACGGCGGUGUGGUGCCCAUCUCGCAGCUGCGGACUGGGGUUAGUGUCGCCACGCCUGCGGGCCCACGUCCUGUCGAGAUCGUCCUCAAGACGUCCGUCCACAACGAGACCAUGGUGCGUCUGCCAGGCGGCGUGCUCGUCACACCGUGGCACCCGGUCAAGAUGGGUGGCGGAGGUGCGGAGUGGAUGUUACCGGCCGCCGCCGCCGCCGCCGCCGACGGCCAGGCUGACGGCAAGACCACCUACAGCGGCUUCACGUACUCGCUCCUCCUCCAAGAGGAAACUCCUUCGGGAGACGGCAGAGAGGACCCCAUCGCCGCAGCCGAGCAGCACGCCUUUUGCGUGGGCUCGGACGGCAUCUGGGGCGUGGCGCUGGGCCACGGCAUCGUCGAGGGGAGCGACGUGCGCGCGCACCGCUUCUUUGGUGACCGGGACGCGUGCAUCUGCGCCCUGGCGAUGCUGUCCGUGUACGAGGGCGGCGUGGUGACUUCGGCAGGCACAUUGCGAUCUAUGGACACGGGGAAGGUCAUUGGCUUCCGCAUGCUGGAUGAUGGAGAUGAGACGGCGGCCCGGCGUGGAGUAGCGGCGCGAGUGUGUAGAACGUCGGGAUGCGAAGGGAAAACUGUUUAA